GAUCCAAUAACCCGCGUCCAGUUCCGUCCACCUUCGCUUUCAACUCCAAUAGGUUGUCAGAUUUUCCAUUCCGUCUUGGAUGCCAUUCUUUUUCCCUGGCCAUACAGUACUUUUUUCGUUCCUGAAAUUUAUAUGGUUCCUUUUUUCGUUCUUGUUUGAUUAAAUGGUAGUAUUAUUAUACCGAGGUGCUUCUCUCUUUGCCCGCCGAUUCCACAACCAAAGCUCCCAUUUUUUCAAUGGCUUCAAUCGACUUCAUAACGCUAAUGCUACCACCUCUCAGAGCUUCAAGUUAUACCCCUUGAGUUCACCCACUUAUCUUGUCAACCCUAGUUUAUUUUAUAACACAGCUUUUCCUUCAGUUGGAAUUCUAGAUGAAAAGAUAGAAAUACUAGAUGAUAUAGACAAACCGAAAGACUCAGCUGAUGUUUUGAGGAAAUGGGGUUGUAGCGAAGAUGAUAUAUCCAAGAUUUUUAUGCGCCGUCCAUCUUUGCAUAAAAUGGACAUCAAGAUCCUUCAAGGCAAGCUUGAAAUACUUACUGACUUGGGCAUCACCUCCUCUGACCUCGUAAAAAUCAUACACUGCCGUCCUCGAUUCCUCAACUGUCGGAUCAAUCUAUGGUUGAAUGAACGCCUUGAAUAUUUUCGAGCCUUGUUUGGCUCAAAGGAGGUCCUGCUUAAGGCUAUAGUGCGCAAUCCUUCUUUACUGACUUAUGACUUCCACAAUAAAAUUAAACCUGUCAUUGCCAUAUAUGAGAAACUGGGUGUUAGCAGAAGGGACUUGAUUCCUAUGCUUCUAUCUCGUCCCACCUUAAUCCCACGAACUAUGCUAGACAGUGAGAAGUUGGAUUACAUUUCUAGAACUGAGGUCUCAAAGGAAUCCAGGAUGUACAAACAUGUGGUUACUCUCUUUGCCAUAUCACGCAUUGAGACUAUUCGUGAAAAGGUAAUGAAUUUAGAGAAGUAUGGGUUUUCGGAGGAAGAGGUCUUCAGGCUUUUCGGACGGUCUCCACUUGUGUUGACACUCUCGGUCGAUAAAGUUCAGAGAAACAUGACUUAUGUACUGGGCACGAUGAAGCUGCCAGCCAAUAUGGUACUUCCCAACCCAUUUCUGCUCUUCUUCAAUUUGGAAGCUAUCUUAAAGCCACGGUUUCUUCUAGCAGGAAAAAUAGAGGAUAUGGGUCUUGUUCCUCAAAUUAAAGGACCUGCAAUGCUUAGGGCAUUGAGGAUGUCAGAGAAGCGGUUCAUCACUGCAUUCAUUACUUGUCAUCCAGAGGAUGUGGUCAACGAAUUGAUCACUUUCUAUAAAAAUGCUAAAUGUGUCAAACGAUUAGCAGAGUCUUCAAAGAAGAACCUGAGUAAAGGAUUUCCUUUUUGAACAGUUUUACAGUGAAUGUAUCUUUACAUUGUUUGAUUAUGUUUAGCCAUUAAAUUCUUAUUUCUGGAAGAUGAGAAUUUUACC